CUUGAUAAAAAUGUAUUAAUUUAUGCAAAUUAAGGUGGAAAAAUUGCACAAAGGCGGCUCAAAGUUAAACGCAGGUAGUAGUUUUCAAAGCCGUACAACAACGAAAUGGAACGCGCAAGCCUCGCUAAAUAUAGCUGCUUGUGUCUCUGGCUCUGGAUGGCGUCAGCCAAAUGCGCAGCAGGCGACGUCAUGACUGGAACGGGAACAGGAGUGGGGGGAAUGGGGGCAGUUGGGACAACAACAACGCAAAACGCUUUGUUAUCGUCGACGGGCAGCAAACAACAAGAGGAGCUGACGGCAGCGGCAAGUGCCAAGCAGCAAUUGCCAAUCUGUCCGCGAAUGUUGCGCCACGUUUUUGAGAAUGCGACGCCACGCGACGAGCAGCAGGCGGGCGUCUUUGAGGAGUACAAACCUGAGGAGGGGCAACUGUUCGACGAGGAACGGUAUCUGUGGAACUGCCUGCAGGCGUGCUGCGACAAAUCCCAGUCACAGAAUCAGAGUGCCUGCAAUGUGGUGUUGGUCUUCAAGCGCAAAUGCUAUCACAUCCACUGCGCCAGCAAUGAGGCCUGUUUGCCCAAACCGUUGACCCGCGAGCGGGAGAACGAUAAGGUCCAAAUGGUACUCGUUAAUCCGGUGGCCAGUGAUCCGCAAGAGUCAUGGACGCAGCUGCUCAAGGCCACCAAGCCGAGCGCCGAAAUUUUACCCUACGAUUCGGAGCUUAACUUUUGGAAGCAGCCGCAUCGAUUACAGUUUCAGGAAAGCAAUCUGGCCUACGAUGAAGAUGAUGCCUUUCCUUUGGCGGAGAAACGCAUGAAGCAACUGCUGAUGCAGCAGUCCGAUGACAACGAUGAGGAUCUCAGUUACUAUGGCGGCACUGCUGAGCUGCCCAAUAAUGCGAAAUUCAUGGCUUGCGAUGUGGACACACCUUGCCCGCCGCAGGAGCAGUGUGUGCGCCUUCAGGCGAAUGUGGUGACGGGUCUGUGCAGCUGCAAGCACGGAUUCGUGCGCAAUAAGCAGAACAAGUGCGUCAUGCCCGCGAUGGCCUACAGCGCCUACUUGCCCGGCAUUGAUGGGGCCGCCGAAGUCACACAACAGCUGGCAGCUGGCAGCGAGAUUGCCCCCGAGCUUGUUGUGCCGCCGGCAAGCAAAGUGGAGGCGAACAAAAUAACUGUGUCGGUCAUGUCCAAGGAGGUGCAGCUGCCGGAGCAGGAGGUAACACUGGCCGCAUUCACAGUGCCCGAGGAGGAGACAAGUGGCACCAAAUACAAAUAUCUAUGGACAUUGAUUUCGCAGCCGAAGGGACCCAUGAAUGGCACCAUUUCCGAUCAGAGCAACGCGAAGGUGAAACUCUCGAAUCUCUCGGAAGGCCUGUACACCUUCAAGGUGACCGUCACCGGUGACAAUGGCACCUUUGGCGAGGCGGCUGCCAAUGUGACGGUGCUGCCGGAGAGACGCAUCAAUCAGGCACCGCAGGUGAUUAUCACGCCGCGGGAACAGAUUAUACGACAGCCCACCUCGAAUGCGGUGCUCGAUGGCAGCACCAGCACCGACGACGACAAGAUCAUCAACUGGCACUGGGAGGUCAUUCUGGGUCCCAUUGGCUAUCAGCCCCAAUUGCCGGAGGUGAACACCCUGCAGCUGGAUCUGAUCUCGCCGGGCAACUACACCUUCAAGCUGACCGUGACGGACUCGAAUAAUGUGACCAAUUCCACCACGGCGACCAUAGCAGUGCUCAAGGAGACAGACUAUGCGCCGGUGGCGAAUGCAGGCGAUGCCGUCAUCUUAUAUCUGCCCAAUAAUAAUGUCACCCUCAAUGGCACCGCCAGCUCCGAUGAUCACGAAAUCGUUGAAUGGGAGUGGACCAAGGAUGCCAGCGAUGAGGCCAAGGCCGUGGACAUGCAGAACACGAGAACUCCUUACGUGCAGCUGUCCAACCUGGAGGAGGGCAUGUACACCUUUGUGUUGAAGGUCACCGACGGCAGCAAGCAAUCGAGCACCGCCAAAGUUCACGUCUUUGUGAAGCCUCCAACGAAUUCACCGCCCACAGCAAAAGCAGGCGCCAAUUCAACGAUCAGCUUGCCCCUCAAUUGGGCCACAUUAAAUGGCUCCGAAUCGAAAGAUGACAUUGGCAUCAAGAGCUAUCAAUGGAAACAGCUGAGCGGACCCAACAAUGCCGUCAUACUCAAAUCGAACAACUCGAUUGCCAAUGCUACUAGCCUUACUCUGGGUCUGUACGAGUUCGAGCUGAGAGUUGCCGAUGAGAACAACAAUACCGCAGCAGACAGCACCUGGGUAAAGAUUGUGCAGGAACGCAAUGCGGCGCCAAUUGCAAACGCUGGUGGAGAUCGCACCAUCACCUUGCCCGUGACCGCUAUUUAUUUGAAUGGUUCGCAGUCUUCAGAUGAUUUGGCAGUGGUGAAAUACCUGUGGACACGUGAGGAUACCAGCCAAGCCGCUGGCGUCAUCAUUGGCGACACCGACAAGCAGCCAAUUAUGAUUCUCAGCAAUGUUGUACAGGGUCGCUAUGUCUUCAAGCUGACUGUGAGCGAUGAUCAGGGCUUGACGGGCACGGAUACGGUCAGCAUUAAUGUGCAUGCCGAUCCGAUGCUGAUGUAUCUGGUGCAAAUGACACUGCCCAUGGGCAUAUCGGUGAUAACCAAGAGCGAACUGGACUCCAUUGUGCAGAAGCUGCAGCUGCUGCUGGGCGAUGACAAUAAGAUACAAAUUCGAGAGCUUAAGCACGACCUGCACACAGAGGCAGCCGUGCUGGUCUUCUAUGUGAUGGCGAACGGAGCACCGGCGAAGCCAGUGGAUGGCCUGCAUGUGGAGCGAAUGCUGCGUGCCAAGCUGCAGAAGGACGCCUCCAUAUUAGGUGCACUCUAUGUGGACAUACGCACCACAGUGUGCCAAAACAAUUGCUCCGGCCAUGGCAGAUGCAAUCCAGCGACAAGAGCCUGCAUCUGCGAAGCCUUCUGGAUGCCGACAGCCAGCUACUUCUUUGCCAACGAUGAGGCCAACUGCGAUUGGUCGAUUUUAUAUGUGUUUGUGGGCGUGAUUGGCGGCUGUUUGCUGCUGUCUGGCAUCUUUUGGGGCAUUGCCUGCGCCUGCCGCACAACAAAGAAGCCGCGCAUGCGCCAAAAGGUGCAAAAGUAUGCGCUGAUAGGCACACAGGACGAGGAGGCGGCCAAUUAUUCGCGCAACACUUCGCUGACCGAAUCGGAAACGGAUUCGGACGUGCUCUUCGAGACGCGCUCCAAGAGCAAUGGAAUUGGUGGCAAGCAUAAGGCACAACACAGUAACUCGCACGGCAGCAGUUCAACUGGACGCGAUGGCACCAAAUAUGCGGUGACCAAGUUGGGCCGCAAGAUCAAAGCAUAAACGUGGCAACAACUGCUGCACUUGUGUGUGCCUGUGUGUUGUGUUGUGUUCGUUCGUAUAGAGUGUGUGUGAUAUAUAUACAUAUAUAUAUAUAUAAAUUUGUAUUUCUACUUGUCCCUAUAUACAAAGAAAUGUACUCGCAUCUUUUGUACUUGCCGCGCACGCAGAGUGCCUCCUAAUUUAUAUUAACUAUAUAUUUAUAUAUGUAUUUGUGUGUAUGUAUGUGUGUGUUUUCGUUCCUUUAAGUUAUUUAUGUGAUAUGUGCACAACCUCUGAUUGAUUUAUAAUUACCUCUUAUUAUUAUUUAGUAUUAUUUACACAGCUGGUGUGCAAUUAACAAAUGUUUA